GACAUCGAUGAUUUAGGGCAUAAGUACCAUCUGGAACUGGUGUUAGAAGAUGUCCUUGACAAAGACAGUACUGUUAACUGCACUGCUGAGGUUCUUUAUCAUCUGGGCAACAAAAACAUUGCUCCAGAUGUGCAAUUCACAAUUGAAGGAGAACUUAAGAACACAGACGAAGCAGAUAACAUAUUCUACAGUCGAAUCAAGAGCCUGGAAAAAGAGCUUGUGGCAGAAAACAUACCAGACAGCCAUGGCAACGUGCCCCCAGAAAUGGAGCCCAUCCACCUGCUAGCAUGGGUCGCCUCUGGCUACGUCAUAUGGCAGAACUCAACUGAAAACACCAAGUUACAACUUGGCCAAAUUAAACAUGUGAAGCAAAUGAAAAGAAGUGAUGAAUAUCUUGAAUUUGACUACCUGAUUCUACUUCAUGACAUGGUGUCCCAGGAGAUUAUUCCCUGGCACAUGACAGUUCUCUGGCACCCACAGCGUGGUGUUCAAGUAACACAGGACAGUCGUCAGCCAAAGCUUGCAUCAAAAUAA